GUCUAUUACAUUAUAUUGUACAUAUAUAUACCAAACUACUACUUAGAUACAAGAGGGGACCUAUUGUGGUGUGGUGGUGAAGCUGCAGUGAGGUGGGGAGGGUGUGGGAAUAAUUGAUAUUGUGGAGAUUCCCAAAAUGGGUGAUGUUUUAGGUGUAGUGGGGUGGCUAAAAAUGCGAAAAUGUGGAGAAGCAAUCUAUUUUUAAGUGUUGUGGGGAAAUUCCCACAGUAUCUAUGGACUUCAGUAAUUAUUGUAUCCCAUUUCAUCUACAAUUUAUGGCCUGCCGAACCGCCAAGUGAUGCAUUUCCAUCUGGAAAUUGUGAUGCGAUUUUCUUAGACAUGGAUCAAGGCGCAAAUAACCCUGGUUUUUCAGUUGCUCAAGUUCGCAUUGUAUUCCAGCUGGCUCCACCCCGGCGCUCAACUGCAAAACUUCCUGACUUCUUGUUGCACCCCCUCCUCUAUGUCCAACCUUUUCGUAUCGUAACAACCCCUGAGGAUCUAGAGGACACUCGAUUGUGGAAGCUCGAGAGGGUCUAUGCACCUGAAACGCAGCCCAAAACCCGCACCGGGUUUGUCAUUCCCAUAACAGAGGUAACACACCCUGCGGAGUUGGUCCCGGUGUACGGAGAAAAGGUUGACCGUUCCUUGACUUUAACGACGUCUCAAGAGCACUAUGACCACUUUUAUCUCAACCGUUAUGCAGAUAAGGAGAUGUAUAACGUGUUGCAUGAAUCAUUGGACACUGAGUAUACUCUUUAG